AUGGGGCUCAAUGCCUGGAACGAGUUGCUAGAGGCUAAUAGGGUGCCUUAUAGCGAUAAAAAUGACGAAGUAACAAUCGUUUUGUCUGCCGAAACUCAACCAGUUUUACAGGAUUUCUUGAUGCGAGUGCUACAAGUGAAAAAUGAAAAAUCGAGCUUAGCCGCGAUCGGUUACUACCACAAAAUCAUCAAUCUGGCGGGAGACGAGAGUCGAAGCAUAGCUGUACAUGUUUACACCGUCGAGUGGCCUUUAAACGCGACCACAGUGGACUUGUUGUCCAUUUUUGUGAAUUCGGAUGCAAUCAGCGUCCGAUGGGUUUUUCUACUAGAUUGGCUCCGAGGAAGCCAUAAGUGCUGGUUGCGAGGUCUCUUCUCAAGCUUUGACCUUUUGAAAACUAAGUUGAGGCGGGACUUGCAGGACCUGGACUUUUGCACAAUCGUGGGCAUGGAGACCCAGGUCUGCAAAGAGCUUGAGCUGACGUCACCAGACUGGAGCUCUUUGAAAAUGGAGUUUUUAAACCAGACCAUGAGAUCGUUGGCUUUGAUCAAACGAGCAUCGCUGGUUGCAAUUGAGGAAAGUACUCCGGCCGAAAUAUUGACUGAAAUUGGCAAAGUCGUUUUGGGUCAGAAAUCUAACCAAAUACCAGACCACAUUGCUAUGAACAAGCUAUUUGUGCCGCAGGGCUCUGAUUCUGAGCGCAAAAUCAAGACUAUGGGCGAGGAAUUUCCUGUCAGACAGAUCGAAGAGGAAUCAUUCAUAGCUGGUCAAUUCGAACGGCUCAUCCCGGGCGAGUCUCAUAAGAACGAUCUCAAACUAGAAAUUACAUCUGAGGCGAGCGAGGCACCUGUAGAGCUGCCAGAGAUCGACGUGCAGAAAGAACUGGCAGAAAUAUAUAAGGUGCAGAAGUCCUCGCUUCUAAACUCUGUUGCGGCUCAUAACUCUACGAUCGACAUUCCAAAUGCCAAGGAAACUUCCGAGCCCUAA